AUGAGAACAAUAUUGAUGAGAGAUGAGAUAAGGUCAUAUUUAGAUAAAGGAGUUGUUGGGCUCAAAGAUGAACCAAUUAUUGUAUGGGAAAAUAUUAAAGGCGCAUUUCCAAAUUUAUACACUUUAGCCAGAAAGUAUUUAUCUAUAUCAGCGACAUCAGUGCCUUCGGAACGACUUUUUAGUAGAACCGGAAACAUAAUGACCAAAAGUCGAAACAGAUUAUUGGGAUCAAGAUUAUCAAAAUUAGUAUUUUUACAGUCUUUAGACAAUAAAUAUUGGCAGUAA